UGAUAGUGUUCCUGCUCUUUUGCCAAUCAGAUCACCAGAGCAGGAAUUCCCCUGCUUACAUCGUCAAGGCUGAGAGACCAAGUGGAAACAAAACAGCAGYGUGAGAGGAAGCUGGGCAAAGAAUGRUCAGCAAGAGAGAGAUGAAACACARCGUAGGYUAACUGGCAUGUGGACRCUGGAGCUGGAGGUGGCAUCUCUGGGAAUCUUUUUGGCACAGUUUUCAGGCCCUAUAAUGGCUACCCACACCUGGCAAGUGGUGGCCAUCUGYAUGCUCUUGGCUGUGCACCUCUCUGAACAGCAAACGCUGGAGCAGGCUUGUCCUUCAUGUGUUGCCAGUCAGGAUUGCAACUGCUCUGCCGUGGGAUUGGACUUCAUUCCCCCUGGGAUCACAGCCAGAAUCACAGCGUUAAACCUGGCCCACAACAGGAUAAAGCACAUCCGAUCCCAGGACCUGCAGCAGGCUGUGAACCUGAGGGCCCUGCUGCUGCAGUCCAACAAAAUCAGCUCCAUAGAUGAGGACGCAUUCCAGUCGCUGGCAAAGCUGGAGCUCUUGGACUUAUCCAAUAAUAGCUUGGCUCAGGUGUCCCCUGCGUGGUUUGGGCACCUUUUGUCACUGCAGCACCUCCACCUUCAAGGCAAUUCCUACAGAGAGCUGGGGAAGAGCUCCCCCUUUUCCAGCCUGAGGAACCUGAGCUCUCUGCACCUGGGCAACGCGCGGUUCUCCGUGAUWAGGCAAGGGAACUUCGAGGGCCUUGAGAUCCUGCACAAGUUGUGGAUUGAUGGCAGCAAUCUCAGUCAGUACGAGCAGGGAAGCUURAAAUCAAUUAAGAAGAUAAAUCACAUGAUCAUAAGCAUAACAAGCAUUAAUGUAUUCUCAGAAAUUGUUAGGGACCUUSUGUACUCUGUCACUUGGCUGGAAGUUAGAAGAAUAGCAUUCAAUAUCCCUGCAGAAAUCCAAGUGUUGAGAGUCAUGUCUUCGUCUUUUUCAAAGAAAAUUACUUUUAGACAGAUCUUAUUAACAGAUGCUACUGUGCCUGAGAUUGCCAGCAUUUUAGAACACAUGCCAAAAUUAGUGGAGUUGGAGCUGAUAGACUGUAGGCUCUYGGGAACAGGACAAUGGGGAGUGCAAAUUGAAGCAAAGGAAUCACAGACCCUUAGAGUUUUGACAAUAGAGAAAUUAUCUAUAGAAAAGUUCUACCUGUUUACAGAUCUUCAAACAGUGGAAGGACUAYUAUCUCUUUUUACCAGAGUCACAGUUCAAAACACCAAGGUCUUUUUGGUACCAUGCAGCAUUUCCCAACACCUUAUUUCAUUGGAGUAUCUUGACCUUAGUAAAAAUUUACUUGGAGACCUGAGUUUAGAGCAUUCAGCGUGUCAGGGUGCUUGGCCAUCACUACAAACUCUAAAUUUAAGUCAGAAUUCACUGAGUGACUUAGAAAUGACAGGUAAAAGUUUGUCUCAUUUAGGAAACCUAAUUGUUUUGGACAUUAGCCUAAACAAUUUUGGUGAGAUUCCAGAUGCGUGUGAAUGGCCGAAUUCCCUGAAAUAUUUAAACCUGUCCAGCACUCAAAUUCCUAAAGUAACAGGCUGCAUUCCUCCAAGGCUGGAAGUUUUGGAUGUUAGUGGAAACAACCUGAAGGAGUUUCAGGGACUGGAGCUGCUGUUCCUGAAAGAGCUGUACCUCAGCAAAAACCAGCUGAAGACCCUGCCUGGUGCCGCACUCACUCCAAACUUAUUGGCCCUGUCCGUCAGGAGAAACAAGCUGAACGGUUUCACCAGGGAGGAGUUUGAGUCCUUCAAGAGAAUGGAGCGUCUGGAUGCCAGCGACAACAACUUCAUGUGCUCCUGUGAGUUCCUGUCGUUCGUCCAGCAYGAGGCCAGGCUGGCCCAGGUGCUGGUGGGGUGGCCGGACAGGUACGUGUGCGACUCUCCGCUGGCGGUCAGAGGGAUGCSGGUGGGCGCYGUSCGCCUGUCCCUGAUGGAGUGCCACAGGUCCCUGGUGGUGGCGUUGGUCUGCGUGCUGGUGUUCCUGGCCAUCCUGCUGCUGGUGGCYGUGGGCUACAAGUACCACRUGGUGUGGUACCUGCGGAUGACGUGGGCGUGGCUGCGAGCCAAGCGCAAGCCCCGCCGAGCCCCGCCCAAGGACRUKUGCUACGACGCCUUCGUGUCCUACAGCGACAACGACUCGGACUGGGUGGAGAACACCAUGGUGCGGGAGCUGGAGCAGGCCUGCCCUCCCUUCCGCCUCUGCCUGCACAAGCGGGACUUUGUGCCCGGCAAGUGGAUCGUGGACAACAUCAUCGACUGCAUCGAGAAGAGCCACAAGACRCUCUUUGUGCUGUCCGAGCACUUUGUGCAGAGCGAGUGGUGCAAAUACGAGCUGGACUUCUCGCAUUUCCGCCUCUUUGACGAGAACAACGACGCGGCCAUUCUGGUGCUGCUGGAGCCCAUCCAGAGCAAAGCCAUUCCCAAGAGGUUCUGCAARCUGCGGAARAUCAUGAACACAAAGACCUACCUGGAGUGGCCUCUUGAAGAAGARCAGCAGCAGCUGUUUUGGUUUAAUUUGAAAACGGCUCUAAGAUCCUAGACARGGACACUAAAGAAUAAAUAUGUGGUGAAUGUACUCUGGAUUUGUUUCCUUUGCCUCUUUGUCCCCUCACUUACCUGCAUCUCAGCAAAAGAGAGCUGAUCUACUGCAAAUUCUAAAACUAGCUAUGAGAUAAUUUCUUUUGGUAGCCAUUGUUCYGAGAAGUGCAGGUUUGGGCUGGAAUGGUGUUGAUUUUCUUACAGAUCCCUCUGUGGUGCUGUGGUUUUUUAUUUGUGACCAAAACAGUCUCCAUAACACAGGGGUGUUUUAGUUAUUGCCAAAAAGUAUUUGCUUAGCAUCAAGGUCAUUUCCAUUUCUCACAUUGUCCUGCCAGUAGGGCUGGGGGCGCAUCAUAAUUUGGGAGGGGACAUAGCUAGGACAGCUGAUCCCAGCUGACCAAAAGCAUGUCCUACACCAUUAUGUCAUGACCUAUAACAACACAAUCAGCACUAAACGUGGGAAAGAAAGAGUAAAGGAGGAUGUUUGGAGUUAUCACAUUUGCCUUCACAAAGAGUCCUGCUUUUAAUGGCAGUGGCUGCACAUUUGCCUGCUGAUGGGAAGUAGUGAAUUAAUUCCUUGUUCUGCUUUGCUUGUGGGCAUAGCUUUUGCUUUACCUGUUGAACUGCCUUAAUCUCUUCUCACAAGUUUUUUCACUUCUACCCUUCAGAUUUUYUCCCCUGUUUUACUGCAGGGAGAGUGAGAGAGYGGCUGCAUGGUGCUGAGCUSCCUUCUGAAGUUAAACYACGGUAGUUGUCUACACAUGUUAAUCAGCAGGUCCAUUUUAAUAUUUAAUGAUGAAAAGUUGUUUAGACAUACAGCUAUGUAGUUUAUAUGUCUUUAUCUUUGCCAAAGUUUUGGGAGAUAACCUGCCUAGACAAGAGGGUUGUUUUUUGGUUUUUUUUGCAUUCUUUGUAUAAACCACUUCUAAUCAAAUUGUAUAAAACUCAGUUUAUGCAGCAAAGAAUUUUGUCCUAGCUGUCCUAGUCAGUGUAACCAAGGACUGACUCUCAGUAUUUCAUUGUCACAGUAAAUUAAAUGCCCAGAUCUCCUGAAAAUCAUGGGGCAAAGCUUGAUGUAGAAAUGUGCGUUCUCACUGCAGUUCUGUCUGUUGUAGUUUCUAGGUAGAUAAUUUCUUUUAUGAGAGACAUUUGUGGAGGAUGAACUGUCUAAUUUCAUUGUACUGUAUGUGGCAAUAGAUGCUUCAGAGUAGGGUUCAAAUAUUCUUCUGACUUGCACAAGUGGAGUUCAAGCUAUUCUCAGCCAGAGUGUGGGAAACCCUCAUAAAUACAKGGUUUUUGAAUCCAACACCAUAUUCCUCUCUUUGUUCAGCAGCCUUAACACAGGCACAAAAAGGGUGUUUCCUACCUUUUGCUCUCUUGGUAAAGGUAGUCCACAAAACUGGAGUGUGUGGAGAGCAUCCCACCUGGGACAUUGUGUUUGUUGUCAAUGGAGGCUGUGCUUCCUUGAGAGGGUUGCUGGGAUAAGGGUCCUAAUUGCUGGAAAAGCAAAUGGAAGACUGGCACCAGACUCAUCCUUCAGAGCUGAUUURAAA